UCGCUAAGAACAGGUGGCCUGGAAACAGGGGACGUAACUCUUCCAGGCGGAAGUUGUCGUCAGCAAAUAUGACAGCAUGGAGAGGGCUUUUUUGUUGAGGCACAUCUUUCUGCUGUUGUUGAUUUUCUGGGCUUUGUUGUCGCUCUGUGAACUAGACUUGCAGUUUGCAACAUCACCAGAUGUCAACCUUGUACUCAACGAUGCCAUGUUCUUCGAAAUCAUCGACCCAGAGCAGUUAAGCUACACCUACAAACUGCGUCCAGCCAGAGACUUUGGAGGAGUUUUUGAACACACACUUAACAAAGUGGAGCUUAGAUUUGCUGACCCUCUUGAUGGAUGUGGAACUUUUACCAGUAGCAUGAGGGGAUCCAUUGCUUUUGUAUUACGAGGUGGAUGUUCCUUUUUAACUAAAACUUACAACGCAGAAAUGGCAAAUGCAUUUGGUGCUAUAAUCAGUGACAGUGAUGAGGAGAAUGACGAUAAGUUUGUCGACAUGAUUGAUGACAACACCAGCAGAAAAGUGAACAUUCCAGCCAUGUUCCUCAUGGGCAAAGACGGUGCCAUGAUUCGUCACACACUGCAACAGUUAAACAUGGAUAGUGCUCUUAUAAAUAUUCCAAUCAACGUGACUGGUAUACCCUUGGGGCGUGUCAACCAGCCACCAUGGACUCUGUGGUAGCAGUUUCGUCACACAGUGCCACACCUACUUCACACAGUGCCAUACCCACUUCACAUAGUGCCAUGCCCCCUUCACACACAUGGAAGUGGGGCUACAAUAAACCUCGACACCUGUAGUGCAUCUGUUUUUAUGUAUGUUUAGUUUUUACUGGAAAUUUGUUCAUUCUGGCUAAGUAGUGCUUCCAGCAUCAGAUGAAUUUACGAAAAAGGUGUAUGUGGAAUGUCAGCCAAAUAGGUUCAGUGUUAGGUUAGAGCUCAUCAAAUCAGUAAGCAGAGUUAGAAAUAGUUCAUCAAUUAACUGGACCCAAAGUUAGAAUUCACUUGCCAUGAUAAUAAUGCCCUGUCUCAGAAACCAAAUUUGAUCAUUAUGAUUAUUGUUACUAUUGUGUGAGUGUGAUUUUCUUCGUUUAUCUUGAAACUGAGAGCAACGUAAAGUAAUACCGUAACCACCAAGUAUAUUUCAUAUCAGAGGGGAAGUCUGAGUGUAGCAAUUACUUCGAUUAUCUGAUUGUGGAUUCAAAUUCUGGUUCAAACUGAUUAUGUUUCUAGGUUUAUCAGCACCAUACCCCAAUCUCAUUAAAAUCAGAUCUCAGUUCUCACUACCGCUAAAUAAAGAUCUGAGGACGUCCCAUUACGGGUCACAUCAGAAUGCCCUUUCAUCCAACCAGUCAGAGCAUCACUUACCAGAUCAGGAAAAUGACAGUGGGAAUGUGUUUUCUAAUCAUGCAACCUCUGAGAGGUUUACACAUUGGUAUUCGGAACGACAGUUUUGGCCCAGACGACUGAUUCCAUAAAAAUCAUCAUCUAUAUCUUGCUUCAAUGGGAUAAACAUUUGAAUGGGGGAGAAGUUGCAUAGCUCGUGGUGAGUACUGCCAUUCAAUCUGGACUAUACAUUCAACAUUCCAGAAUAUCCUUCUGUUCAGUUUUCAAAUUUUUAAUAAAAAACUUUGUCAGAAUAUUUUUCAAGUGUAGUCUGGAAUGGAAGUCACCAGUUUGAAACUAGUGCCGUAAAGCUGGAGAAAGCUGCUUUUUGAUUGGCUAAUGUCAACCCCUUGUAAGUCAUUUCAUUGGUCGGUCAGUGGUCGCAAAAGGUCUUUCUGACAUGAUAUGUAAUGGGAUAUCCUCAGAUUUUAGUUUGGCGGUAGUGAGAACUAAGAUUUGAUUUUAAUGAGAUUGCACCAUACCCUUGCUCUUGGGUUUCACCAAAGUGAUAAACGGCUAAGACCUACAGCACUUCAGGUUUUCCUCCCACAUUAAGCUGACACACCAUGAGUCCAUGAUAUAACUGCAAUAUCAUUCAAAGUCUCUGAAAUGAAUGUUUUUUGUUUGCUGUCUGAGAUGCUGUGCAGGAAUUCCUUUUCUUGGUGAACAGCCCUGGUUAUUGUCUUGCAAAGUGAUCUAAGUGCUAAGACAGUUGUAACACCAAUAACUAUUGCUUUGUAGAAAGUGGACCCUUACCCUACAAACCACGGGUUAUAGUCCUAUAAAGUGAUGUUAGCACUAGGACCAUCAUAACACCCAUUCUGUAACAAAAGCGUGACAGUGUAGCACUGUAACAAAGACUUACGACUGUAGCACUAGGACGAUUGUGACACCCUUCGUGUAACGGAGACUUGCGACUUUAGCACUAGGACAAUCGUAACACCCACACUGUCACAGAAACUUACGGCAUUGUAGCACUACGACAAUCAUGACACCCAUACUAAUAAAGACUCUAACACUAGAACAAUCGUGGCACCCAUACUGUAACAAAGACUUAUGACAGUGUAGCACUAGGACGAUCAUGACACCCACACUGUAACAAAGAAUUGUGACAGCAAAGCACUGGGAAAAUCAUGGCACCCACACUGUAACAAAGACUUGCGACAUUGUAGCACUAGGACGAUCGUAAGACCUUACUGCUACAGAGACUUACGACUGUAGCACUAGGAUAAUUGUGACACCUACACUUUAACAGUCAUUUUGACAGUGUAGCACUAGGAAGAUUGUGACACCCUUACUGAGACUUAUGACUGUAGCACUAGGACAAUCAUAACACCCACACUGUCACAAAAACUUAAGGCAUUGUAGCACUACGACAAUCAUGACACCCACACUAACAAAGACUGUAGCACUAGAACAAUCGUGGCACCCAUACUGUAACAAAGACUUAUGACAGUGUAGCACUAGGACGAUCGUGACACCCACACUGUAACAAAGACUUGCGACAGUGAACCACAAGGACCAUCAUAACAUCCACACUGAAACAAAGACUUAAGACAGUGUUGCCCUAAGAUCACUUUGUGGAACAUGGACCAGCACCUUUAUAUAAUACCGAGGGAGGAAUGAACAUGUCCCACUUGUAAAUAUUACAGUACUCAAAUGUUGGGCAAUGGUAAUUUUAAACCCUUGGAAUUACUUGGUUUUACUGAUGUUCUUUGAAUUGCAACUCAUGAAUUGUCUUGGUUGAUGCAUGUCAUCGAUCCAAAUUUCGUGGAUCGAUGCUCAUGUCAAUCACUAGAUUGUCUGGUCCAGACUCAAUUAUUUACAGACCGCCGUCAUAUAGCUGGAAUAUUGCUGAGUGGCGUUAAACAACAAACAAACAAAUGACAUGGUCCUGGACAAUUACUGUAUUUUCAUGUCAUAAGACCAUAUGAUUUAUUUAUCAGGUGUUGCCAUAUUUAUCCAAUUUAUGAGUUCCAGUGAGUUUUUAAUAAUGUUGAAAGAUACAUUUUACCAUUAAUGUGUUGACGAUGUACAGCCCCGAGGUGGGGUACCCAUUUCUGGACAUGUAAUUGGCCUGAUGUCUGUGUCUAACAAGGUAGUAAUAGAAAAAUAAUAGCACAGGGAUUAACAACUUUUGGGUAUUUGGUGAAGGUUGCAGCAUUUGUUUUGUCUUAACACAAAGGUAAUAUUCUUUCAUGCCAGGUUGUGACUGAUUGGUGUCCGAGGUGGCUGAGUCUGUUUCCAACAUCGACAGCCCUGUGCUGUCCUGUUCUGGGUCAGGCCUCCCACUGGUCUAAUUGUCUUGAGUUCACUGUGUAGAGUUGCUUCCCUUGCUGAUGUUAGGAUCUGCUGAUUGUUGGUACAAGAUUGUCUUUACCCUUGGUUUGUCAGCACCUGACUGUGCUUGUUCUUCUUGUCAUAUACGUCUAUGAAAUCCUGUUCAAGCCCAUCUAAACGCAGCUCACCGACCCACCAACCCGCAUUGUUCAAUGAAACCAUAACCUCCUGUUAGACACACAUUACUGAUGAUUACAGAAGUGUUAGGCGGUCACUAAUCUGCCAGUAAUUAUAGGUAGAUGUAUCGCACAAUGUUGUAAUAUAAGAUUUACAGUCUGGAGAGAUUACUAGUGGAUCUACCCCACAUCAUAAAGAGUAUCAACAAACAAGGAUCACAGUGGUGUUAAUGUUGAACCCUUCAUGUUGUGCCAGUCUUCCCAGAUAGCUUGAGGAUGUGUGUAUAAAUGUCUCCAUCAAUCCUGUCUCAAGGGCUUUCAUUUCAGUAUACCUAUACUAAACCCUGCAUCCAUUCCCAUGGUUCUUGCGAUCUCAAAUUAUCUGCCCUAAGAUUUAGUGAGAAACCUAUAUGAAGAUAGCUUGUGAUCUGGUCUUACAAAUGAAGCACAUUCAUUAUCAGCAUAUAUGGAUGAAAAUGAAUAAGGGAACAUCUAGCUAUCAUGGGUUCCCAUGUCUACCAAAUACGUAUUGGAAACAACGCACACAAACACAUCUCAACAUUUUAUUCUUUGUGUUGAAUUUGUAUGCACACUUUUUGAAAUGUACUGACAGUAAAGCAUAUUUCCCUAUACUGUAUUUUUCAUUGUUCCCUUAUUCGUUUCCAUCAGUAUAUAUUGUAAAGUUACCAAGUAUCUGAAUAUUUCAGUCAGUUGUUUCACUGAUAGUAGGCUAAGGUGCCCCUCCAAAAGGCAUCGCCUUCACAAUGUAAUAAUUUGGAGAACCUUGAGUAUUUUCGAUUUAUCUGUUUGAUAACUUCGAAAUUGAGAGAAUUCCCAAAAGAAACCACUACCUAGGCCAAAUAACAGCUCUAACUUCACCAGUACCAAUCUAGAAAUGAAUUAACCUUACACAGACAAUGUUUCUGUUUCACCCAAAGUAUGUCUACACGUGGGCUUGAAAUUGGCAUCAGCCUUGAAGCAUAGGAAGGAUUUCAUUAGCAGUAGACUGCCAGCCAAGUGGAGAACAAGUCAUCCAUCUUGGAGCGAUGUAGUGUUCGUAGUCAUCACAAGUACUUUUUGUAUAAUAUUGGGAGUGUCCUGGGGAAGAUUUUUCUGAUUCAUGUUUGCAGUGGAAUUGGGAAACGUUUGCAGAAUUGUGCCUUGAGAAUCCCAUUUUAACCCAUGAAUGCAAUAUUUUGUUAUUAAUUUAUGAAUAAAAAAUAUUUUACAUCUA